GGUGGAAAUUCAAAAUCUCUAAAUCUCUUCCUCCACAGACAAAGUUUGAAUAUCAGAUGAGUCUUGAACCCAUAAAGCAAACGUGCUGCUCUCCAUUAAAACAAGACACCUGCAAAGUUCUUAAGAAUGAGCCUUGUGGUGCACGCUUUGGGACUGCGAUUGCUGCAGUGAAGGAUCUCAACCUGGAUGGGUACAAUGACAUUGUGAUAGGCUCUCCCUUAGAAGAUGACCAUCGGGGAGCUGUUUAUAUUUAUCAUGGCCGUGGCAAGGCAAUCAGUAAAAAAUAUUCACAGCGUAUUGCAUCAGGUGGAGAUGGGGAAAAAGUGAAAUUUUUUGGCCAGUCUGUGCACGGAGAAAUGGAUUUAAACGAUGACGGGCUGAUUGAUGUUACCAUCGGAGGCCUUGGUGGGGCUGCCCUCUUCUGGUCUCGUGACGUGGCUGAAGUAAACGUUUCCAUGCAAUUUAUACCUAAAAGCAUCAAUAUUCAACAACAAAAUUGUCAGAUAAAUAUAAGAAAAACGAUAUGCAUAGAUGCCACAAUUUGUUUUAAGACCAGACUAAAGUCAAAAGAAGAUAUAUUUGAAUCCAGUCUGCAGUAUUGGAUUACCCUUGAUGCACAAAGACAGAUAUCUCGAAGCUUGUUCACAGAAAGCCAUGAGAGGAAAAUGCAAAAAAAUAUAACUGUCAAAGGAUCAGAAUGUACAAAACAUAACUUCUACAUGUUGGCAA